AUGGGCCUACCGAAUGGAUUCUACAUAAGGCGAGUAGAGGAGAGGGAUUUAGAACAAAUCACUGAGACGCUGAAUGUCUUGACCACCGUAGGUACAAUUACUCCGGAAUCCUUCAGUAAACUCAUAAAAUACUGGAAUGAAGCCACGAUAUGGGAUGAUAACGACAAUAAAAAAAUCAUGCAGUACAACCCCAUGGUGAUUGUGGACAAACGCACAGAGACAAUUGCCGCUACGGGGAAUAUCAUCGUCGAAAGAAAGAUAAUUCAUGAAUUAGGGCUAUGUGGCCACAUCGAAGAUAUCGCAGUAAACUCGAAGUAUCAGGGCCAAGGUUUGGGCAAGCUCUUGAUUGAUCAAUUGGUGACUAUCGGUUUUAGCUACGGUUGUUAUAAGAUCAUUUUAGAUUGCGAUGAGAAAAAUGUCAAAUUCUAUGAGAAAUGUGGGUUUAGUAAUGCAGGCGUGGAAAUGCAAAUUAGAAAAUAG